GCAGGCAGGCAGACACGCACGCUCACGAAGGCAAGGCGCAGCACCACCAGCACCAAGGUGAAAACGGGAGAUGGGCUGAGGUCCUACACACGCCGAGUCUACCUAGUGCCUCCAGUGGUUCCGAAUCACGGUGUAGUGGUUCUGGUGCCGUGGGUCGGGUUGCGGGCCAGGUCGCGGGCCGGGUCGGGUCGGUUCUGGCCGCCAUGCCGUACGUGGACCGCCAGAACCGCAUCUGCGGCUUCCUGGACAUCGAGGAGCAGGAGAGCAGCGGCAAGUUCCUCAGGAGAUACUUUAUACUGGACUCUGGCCAGCAGGGGAACCUGGUCUGGUACAUGGACAACCCACAGAAUUUGCCCGUAGGUGCAGCCUGUCAGGGCUCCCUCAAACUCACCUACAUCUCCAAGGUCAGUGAUGCCACCAAGCUGAGGCCCAAGGCGGAGUAUUGCUUUGUCAUCAACGCUGGUAUGAGGAAGUACUUCCUGCAGGCUAAUGAUCAGCAGGACCUGGUGGAGUGGGUCAACGCGCUCAACAAUGCAACCAAAAUCACUGUGCCAAAGCUAUGUGAGGGCCAGGGGGACGGGCCUGGCUUCAGGAAACAGGUUUCAUACAAGACAGAGAUCAUCGGAGGGGUGCCCAUCAUCACACAGACACAGCAGGAGGGUGUGGAUGGUCAGAAUGGAGGGGAGAGGGACGCCCUGAAGAGAGCCCAUAGCCAGCACCCCUACCGCUCGGGCCAGGAGACCGCCGUACUGAAGGCUGGAUACUGCGUCAAGCAGGGCGCCGUGAUGAAAAACUGGAAGCGUCGAUACUUCAUCCUGGAGGAGAACUCCCUCAGCUACUUCAAGACGGAUCUGGAGAAGGAGCCGUUACGAGUGAUCUCCCUGAAGGAGGUCCACAAGGUGCAGGAGUGCAAACAGAGUGACAUCAUGAUGAGGGAUAAUCUGUUCGAGGUGGUCACCUCCUCCAGGACCUUCUUCAUUCAGGCUGACAGUCCAGAGGAGAUGCACAGCUGGAUCAAGGCUGUUUCAGGGGCCAUAGUGGCCCAGAGAGGGCCGGGACGGACAGCCGCAUCAAUGCGUCAGGCCAGACGUCAUUCGAACCCUUGUAUUCAGAGGUAUUGGGCCCGCGUCGCUGAAGGCAGCACGUAUGUGAGCUCUGCUACCUCAAAGCCUCCUGUCUGCCCCUCUGCCCUCUUCUCUCUUCUGCCCCCUGCUGCUCUGGAGGAGCACUCUGUCGGCGGCUCCAUGUUCUACCGCUCCCUCUCGUGCGGCCCCGUCGCCUCUGAGUCGCCCGUCGCCCUCGGCAACGCCCGGCAGCCCGGCGGCGGCGGCGGUGGGUCCGAGUGGCGAGGCGGGGGCAGGGGCGGCGGCGAUGGGGGCGGGGGGUGUGCCGCGCAGCCUGGCCUGGGACAGCGAGCACUUCAUGAGCCUGCUGCCUCUGCCCCGCCCCCAGUCCCGCCUCUCGCUGCAGGAGACGCGUCUCUCCAAAUGAGGCAGCCAAUCAGCAGCAGCAGGCGGCAGCAGCAGCAGGAGGAGGAAGUGGAGUCACCGUGGCGACGCCGUAGCAGCUUUGAGCCGUGCCCCCCCGACGCCACCACCGCCCCCGACGACGCCCCCCUAGACCUGGAGGAUGCAGAGCUGCCAGUCAGCCUUGUUUGACCUUUAACCUUAAACACCCACGACACCCCCAAGCCCCCCUCCGGCCCCACAUCCCAACAGUCCCAACGUCACUCAGAGAGAGAGUGAAGGACUUCUGGGAGGGAUGGAAACGUACUGUGUGUGGGGCUUGAAAUGAAAUGUGAGCACCGGUCCGCUGAUGAUGCCGUGAAGUGUGCUUGAUGAUGAUGAUGAUGAUGGGGCAAGGAGGGGUCAAACGUGGGGGAUCAUGGGAGAAUUUCUAUUUGGGAACUUUUUUCACUUUUGGUGGAGGACCCUGACCUUUGACCCUGAACUUUGACCUUUGUUUUCCAAUCCCUCCGGUGCAGAGCAACAGACUCAUGUGGUCUGGUCAGCGACUCUGGCCGGCGAGUUCUUCUUCUCCUUUGGGUGCUCUAUCUAUCUAUCUAUGUAGCUACCAGACUCCUGUCUGUCUCUCUGUCUUUUUACUCACUUCUUUUGUUUUUUAAUUGUGUUUUCUGGCUAAUUAGAUUGAGUCUUCUUCUAUGGUGACCUGGCCAGCGAUGGCAUGACUGGGGAACUAUGGCUGGCUGUGCGUGUGCGUGUGCGUGUGCGUGUGCGUGUGUGUGUGUUUGUGUGUGUUUGUGUGUGUUUGAUGGCCGGCCGGCACAGUGUAGACUAGUGCUCUACUAGCUGGCUGUGUGUGUGCAUGUGUGUGCGUGUGCCUGCAUGUGAUGACUAGCUGGCACAGUGUGUGCUCGUUGUAGACUAGUGCGCUACUAGCUACUAGUGUGCAGUGGGAUAGCUAGCAGCUAGCACAGGAGGCCAGUGGAGAUUACUGGGGAAUGCUGGCUGUGUGCGUGUGUGUUUGUGUGUGUGCGCGCGUGUGUGCGUGUGCCUGCGUGUGAUGGCGAGCUGGCACAGUGUGUGCUCGUUGUAGACUAAUGCGCUACUAGCGUGCAGUGGUAUAGCUUGCACAGGAGGCCAGUGGAGAUUAUUAGCUACUUGAGCAAAAUUCAAAAGACACCGCACACUGCUUACUGUUCUUUUUCUUACUUUAUUUUUCGAACUUUGAAAGAACGAACCUGAUGACGCACUGGGCGAAACACGUUGUUCGCUCCGAAAAAUAAAGUAAGAAAAAUAACAGUAAGCAGUGUGCGGUGUCUUUUUAAUGUUGUUCAUUGUUCACCUUCUCCUGCCUCACACCUGCAUCUGCAUUGCUGAGGACUCUCUUGACCUUUGCGAUUAUUAGCUACUUGAACAGCUGAUGACGAUGAUGAUGACGAUGAUGAGGUGGAGGAAGAGGAUGAGGAUGAUUGGAUUGGAUUGGAUUGGAUUAGAGAGAGAGUGAAAAGCAGUUUUAAUGUAACAUGGAAUUGCAGAGAGCUUGGGAAUUGGGAACAUUUUAUCACUGGCACUGCUGUCGUGUGUGUGUGUGUGCGCGUGUACUUUUGCAUGAGUGAGUGAACUGACUUUUUCCCCCCAUGGGUUGCUCACUUUUGUUUUCCGAAUUGUUUUAUAAAAGAAAAAUAAAUAAACUCCCUUUGUGUGCUUUAACGGAUCACUACGGGGGGUGAGCCGUGUUUAAACUAGUCUGUAUACGUAAUAAAUUGUUACUCACCCUCCCACGCUACUAUACGGGAUUCUAACCACAUCGUUACUUUUUAUUUGUUAAGAGAUAAAGGGAGCGGGCAAGUGUUUGUACAGUUUGUUAAUUUAUAACCUCAAAUUCUUCUUUACUAACUAACUCUGUCCUGGUGCCUCCACCCUUCCUCUCGGACACACAGACACACUUUGAAAAAUAACAAGAGCGAAGAGAUGAACUUGUCUGCAGGGUUCUAAAUUGACCUUUUUCAUCACCUGCUAAAAUGGCUUGUGGAUGUUAAUCUUACUAGCCAGACACACACUCACCAAUACUCAUGAACGGUGUGACGUUUUCCAUGUGCGUUACGCCCAUUUGUGGGGGAAAACAACCCAUGCAAGUUGAUGUUGGGGGUUAAUAAGCAAAAGAUACGGACCUGUAGACUAGCGAUGUUCACGCGCAACAUGCCGAAAACGUGUUGUGUCGCAGGUUGUUCAAAAUAAAUAAUAUAGCCAAACAUCCGUGGCUGAAGCAUGGACUGUGUUAAUUUAGACUAGCCGAUUUAGCAUGCAAGUUGAUGAGACAUUGAGUUUGUUUUCACCCAUAAAGGGGCGUAACGCACAUUUACGAGCAAAGUACCCGGAUGGCCGUUCAUGAGUAUGGGUUAAAGUGGCUAUUUAGUACCGAUAGAAGUUAACAUUUUCUAUCAGCCAAACUGAAAUGUCAGCAGCAUUUGACUGGUUGGUUCAUUUAGAGCCCUGCUUGUGUACGUCUACUGACACUGUAGCCAGUGUUGCCAGAUUGGGAGGGUGCCCGCCCAAUUGGGCUACUUGAGAUGAGCGUCUGCGGGUAAAAACGGGGAAAAUUGUCCAUUUGGUGUUUUUUUCAGUCAUUUGGGCCCAUAGAAGUCUAUGUAAAUUGCUGAAUUCAGGUAGAAUUUAGCGCAUUUUGGCGUUUUUUGAGAAGCUUUUGGGCGGGAUUUGAUCAGACACAUCUGGUAACACUGACUGCAUCACAUCAGUGGGAUGUAAUCGGAGUCUCUGAGUCUCUAGUUUGAGAUCUCCGCUCUGCUGAUUUAAGGUGCUGAUUUAAGUUCAUAAAGCAAAUCCAAGUUCAAUGUUAGACCUAUUUAUUAAAAAAAAUCUCAAAAGGUCUGAAAAUGUUUGAAAUGAGAUGGGAUGGGAUUGAUGAUGCGUUGAGAAGGCUGUGGACAGGUCAGUGACUCUACAGGCGUCAGAGAAACCUUUUCAUUUUCGUAGUGAGUAGUCUGCACACUUAAAAUCCAUUUUGUCAGCCAUGAAAUU